AGCUGGAAGCAGUGCAGUUGCCAGGACGCGUACGCAAGGCAAAGGAAGGCAAUUGAGGAGGAUCUCGUUGGGCAAUACUGGAGGAGGCUUGUAGGACCUUCGGCGACCAGGCUCUCUCGUCAAAGCAGCUUCUUGAGGACGAUUCCGGACUUCUCAUGGUUCCAAUGAUCUGCGCACAUUGGCAAACCAAUUCUGCAUGAUGAGUCUUUUGUGACCCUCUGCAGCAAAGCGUUUUUUCGAGCUCGAACAUGGCUAGCUCGGGGCAAAAAAUCCUGUCCCGAUGCAGCCUAGCGUGCCUCCUUCUCUGCUUGUUUGGGCGCCCCGCUGCAGGUUUUGAUAUCUGGUCCGAAAAGCAGCCAGCGGUGGAAUUGCCCAACAUAACUGCACUCAAUCAGACUGGGACUUUGAAUGCAACUAUGGCAGGAAAUAGAACCGCAAAGGCCAAGGUUGGAGUGCUGAGUUGGCUUGUAGCUGAAGGGGUGCUGGAUCCAGCUUGGGUGAGUGAGCAGGACUCUGUGCACGACAUGCCCGUAACGGAGCUGGACAAGACAACCAAGAUGCGGAUAGAGAAGUACAUACGGGAGAGCAACAAGACCUUGGCCGAUUUGGCAGAUGUGGAGAAGCGGGAGAGCUACAUUGAGGGCAUUCUCAAGAAGAUGAACAUCGAGGAGGCAGAGAAAGGGUCGGGCCGCUUCAAUCAGACCAUGGAGAAGCAGGAAGGCAAGCUGGAGACAGUGGCCCGGGUUGGGAAGCAGCAUAAGCAGGGAAUAGCGAAGAACGAAUCGGAAGCAGUCACCCUCGGCACAGUGAAAGAUCAGGAAGCUGCAAAUUCGGGAUCCCAUUUAGGGUUUUCUCGUGGAGAGGACAGCGGGAAAGCAGGCGUGCAAGAGUCAGCUCAAGAGAUUGAGGAGCGUGCCGCAAAGGCAGAAGCAGACAAGAAGGCCGAAUCGGAAAGUAGAGAGGAAGAGGGUGAUGGCAAGGAGGACGUUCCGCGCCUUAUCGACUCUCAGGACAACGAGUACGUCAUCAGCAACCCAGGCAAAGGCUUGAAUCAGAUGCAGCUGCAGCAGGACCUGACUCUCAUCUCUGACAUUGUCAAGGUCAUAGUGGCGGCGGCUCUGGGGGGCCUGCUGUGCGGUCUGCUGGGCCAGCCGGUGUUGCUGGGGUACAUUGCUGCGGGCAUGCUGGUGGGGCCAGGCGGCCUGGGCCUGGUGCACGAGCUGGUGCAAGUAGAGACGCUCGCGCAGUUUGGCGUGGUGUUCCUGCUGUUUGCGCUGGGGGUGGAGUUCAGCAUCGUGAAGAUGCAGGGGGUCCAGGCGGUGGCCAUCGGGGGGGGCACGCUGCAGAUCGUGGUGGCCAUGGUGCUGGGGGGCAUGCUGGGGUCUACCGUCACUCAGGGGGUAUUCGUAGGGGCGUUUCUGUCCAUGUCCUCCACCACUGUGGUCAUCAAGUGCCUGAUGGACACGAGUACGGUCAACACUGAACACGGCCAGAUCAUGCUCGGCACGCUCAUCCUCCAAGAUUGCGCCCUGGGCCUGCUCCUGGCCGUCCUGCCGGCGCUGGCCUCCAAGGACAACAACCCGCUGGCCAUCGCGGCGUCCCUCACGCGCGAGGGCGUCCUGCUGCUGGGCUUUGUAGGGAUGGCGUGGCUGGUAGCGCGCCUCUUUGUGCCGCGCUUCCUGCGCAUGCUGUCCGCGCUCGCGCUGCACGACAACGAGCUGUACCAGCUGGGCGUGGUCGCCAUUUGCCUCUGCGUCGCGCUCCUCUCCGAGUUCCUGGGGCUCAGCCUCGAGGUCGGCGCCUUUGUGGCGGGGCUCAUGCUCUCAGGGUCGUCGUUCAGCGAGCGCACGCUGCACCAGGUGGAGCCGGUGCGCAACAUCUUUGCGGCGCUGUUUUUGGCGAGCGUGGGCAUGGUGAUGCACCCGCUGUUUUUGUGGGAGCACAUCGACGUGCUGCUCACCGCCACCGCCGUCGUCUUCUUCGGCAAGACCAUCCUGGCCACUGUCAUCGUGCGCGCCUUCAGCUACGACUGGGGCACCGCGCUCAGCGUGGGCAUCGCGCUCGCGCAGAUCGGCGAGUUUUCGUUCGUGCUGUUGAGCAGGGCGCAGGCGCUGGGGCUCGUGUCGAGGAGCCUGUACCUCCUGCUCAUGGGGACCACGGCGCUGAGCCUCGUGCUCACGCCCUUCGCGUUCAAGAUCGUACGGCACAUAGUUCCACUAGAACAGCAGAAUAGAGACAGACGGACGUCGAGAGGGGAAGCCUCCGACACGCGGGAUUUGGUUCUCAGACGAAGUUUGGGGGAGGCGGGGUCAGGGCUGCCGCAUGCGCUGCAGGUUGAGGUGGAGGAGGAUGACGUGGGAAGAAGCCGAGACGAUCGAGCACAUGGUGUCUCAAAUCACUCGCCGGCAAUGCAGUACAGAAAAACACAUAAACAGCAGGUCUAAGGCCAAUCACCGGUUUGCUUUGACCCAUUGACAGCAUGGCGCGCAACAUUGACCUUUUGAUGAAGAAUUCUUGGUAGUAACAGGUGUAAGAUAGGUACUGUUCGUCAAAGUGUCUCGUGAACGAGGACGGUCAUAAGGUGCGUGCAGACCGGCGGGGCGCUGAUGGACUUGUGAUGGAGGAGUCCUUGAGCAACUCUAACUGCCAAACCACUGAUUGCCAGUGUACACUCCAAAAUUUGCAGACGUUGGCAGGUUAUAUCAGCUUGACGAG